AUGAAGCGUGAUACUAACCCACCUGAGGAGGCGAAAACCUUUGCAGCGGCAAAUGAUACUGUAGCUAGAAGAUACCAAGGCACCCUGCCUAAAUGCCAAAAGUGUAGGUAUCACCAUGAAGGAGCUUGUCGCAUUCCAAGAUGCGAAAAAUGUGGUAGGUUGGGUCAACAAACAGAAGAUUGUUGGGGAAAAGGAAACGGAGGCGCUAAUAGGAAUGGAAGGGAUAAUAGGAACGGGAAUGGAAACCGUAACGGUGCUGGUAAUGGAAACAAUGGUGGAAAUGGCAAUGGCAAUGGUAAUCGGAAUGGCAAUGGAGCUGGGCAGAACCAAGGAUGCUUUGAUUGUGGAAACAAAGAUCAUUUCAAGAAAGACUGCCCAAGGGAGAACAACGCUCAGGGUCGAGCAUUCGUGAUUUGA